AUGAGGGUGACGAAGUUGGCUCCCGACGUCAUCUAUCUCAGCUACAGCGCUGGCAUCAGCGCGUGCAAGAAGGGCGAGCAGUGGCAGCGUGUCUUGUCGCUGCUCACUGAGAUGCGGGGGGCGAAGGUGGACCCCGACGUUAUCGCUUACAGCGCUGGCAUCAGCGCGUGCGAGAAGGGCGAGCAGUGGCAGCGAGCCCUGGCGCUGCUCCGCGAGAUGCGGGAGGUGUGGCUGGAGCCCAACCCCUGGUCAGCUACAGCACUGGGAUCAGCGCGUGCGAAAAAAGCGAGCAGUGGCAGCGGACUCUGGCGCUGCUCAGUGGGAUGCGGGAGGCGAAGCUGGAGCCUAACGUCUCAGCUACAGCGCCGGAAUCAGCGCGUGCGAGAAGGGCGUGCAGUGGCAGCGAGCGCUCGCGCUGCUCCGCGAGAUGCGGGAGGCGCGGCUGGAGCCCAACCUGAUCUUCAGCUUCAAUGCUGUGGUCAGCGCGUGCGAGAAAGGCAAGCAGUGGCAGCGGGCGGUGGCGCUGCUCAGCGAGAUGUCGGAAGCGAAGGUAGAGCCCAAC